GGUAUCGCAAAACGCUUCGUCUCCGACUCCGAGUCCCUCUUUCAAAAUCAGGCUCCCGACCAGACUCUCCUCAGUUCCUCUUUGUUCUAGCUCGGCCUCGUCCUUCGCAGCUUCUAGCACAAUCCCAGCGGACGAAUUCGAAGCUUUCUUCAAAUUGGUUUCGAUCCCAGAGCUCGAUUCAGUAAAACCACGAGUCAUGGCCGCGAAGAAGAAGGAAUCGGAGGGAAUCAUGCUCCUGUCGGUGUACAACGACGAGGACGACGAGAUGGAAGACGCCGAAGACGACAACGCCGAGCAGCGGCAACGGCCGGAGCCAGGCGAGGUGGCGGAGGAGGAGCGAAGGUCGGAGCGCGUGGAGGAUGAUCCCAGGGAGGCGAGCGAUAGGGAAGACGGUGCUAGGGUUGGUAGUGAGAGGAUGGCGGCUAGCGACUCCGGUCACGAGAGCACUCCUCAGUUGACGGCGGAGAGCCCGACGCCGAUCCAGCGGGUGCAGCCGCCGCAGGAGGAGGUGGCAGUUUCCGUGGAGGUGAGGAGGAGGAAUGAGAUGCUGUGCAUCGUGGAUUACGGGCACGAUGAAGUCGUGAUGUCUCCGGAAGCUGAGGAAGGGGAAAUAGACAGCAGCGGCCACUUUAUGCUUGAUGAAAGACUCCAAACGGAAAAUGCAGGUGAUUACCAGGAAAAGCCUACUCAAGAAACUGUGCAGGUUGUGUCACCAAAUAACCAAGAUAUUUCUCUAUUGUCUGGGCAUAUAGAGCCAUCGCAAUCUGAUCUGAGAAAUGCCACAGAAGCACAACCCAUAGAAGGUGAAGAUUCUACUAAGGUUUCUGACGGUAUUGAUCCAUUGGACAAGUUUCUUUCCUCACCACCAACAGACGAGUGCUCAGAGGAGCUGCAGGAGAGAGUGAGAAAAUUUAUUGCGUACAAAAGAGCUGGAAAAAGUUUCAACGCUGAAGUGCGCAACAAGAAAGACUACCGAAAUCCAGACUUCUUGCUACAUUCAGUGAGAUAUCAAGAUAUUGAUCAGAUAGGAUCUUGCUUCAGAAAGGAGGUGUUUGAUCCCCAUGGUUACGAUCAAAGUGACUAUUAUGACGUAUUAGAGGUUGACAUGAAACGAGAAGUAGAAAGAAAGGAACAAGAGAGGAAAAAGAGUCAGCAGGUCGAAUUUGUUUCUAGUGGAGUUCAAGCUGGAGCACCUGCUAUCUUGCCCAAAGUUAAUGUGCCUGUUGCAGGUGUUCCAACUGCUGCUUCUGGUGGUUUGCGAUCUAGUGAUCUAGCUGCUCGGGAUGGCCGGCAAAACAAAAAAUCAAAAUGGGAUAAGGUGGAUGGUGACAGGAAAAAUCCCCUGCCAUCAGGAGCACAGGAAUCUGUGUCCACUGUUGCUGCUCAUGCUGCAAUUCUAUCUGCCGCAAAUGCUGGUGCAGCCAACAGAGACGAAGAGAGGCAGAAGAGAGAAGAUCUGGCGAGAGGAAGCUGGAUAGAAGAUCCUGACGUUGAAAUCAAUUAUAGAAACAUCAGGUUGACUUUUGUUUAUUUUCGUAAUAAAAAAAUCAGAUCGAAUCCUGCUAGACAGCGUGCAACACAAAUCCGGUACCCUCAAUUUUUUUUUCUUCCUAAUUGAAAGAGGGAAUCUUCUUAUAUACUCUGAAAGUGUUUUCUCAAAUGGAAAGUAAAAAUCUACCAGAGGUAUUGUUGGCAUGUUUGACCUUAUUUUGGACAUAAUAAUCUGUCCAACAUUAAGUACUGUUAGGGUAACUCUGCAAUGAACUGUUGGGCGGCAACAUUGGAAUGAGUAAAUUUGAUAAAUGAAAUUUCCGGGGCUCUUAUAAACACGAGGAGUCUCCUAAAA